AUGGGUGUCAGGCAGGGCUCAGGGCUCUUGUCUGUUAUCUCAGGGCUCUUCAUUGCUCCAGUGAUGAAGCUCUUCUACAUCAAAGCUGCGCCGUUGAACAUGACACUCCUCUCCUUUGUAGAUGAUGGGACCAUUUUGGCCCAGUCCAAACAACUCGAUGAUAAUAAUGUGGGCCUAUGUAAGGCCUACAAAAUUAUCUACCUUCUCUUUGUUGCCUUUGCACUUGUUCUUGAACAUGACAAGACCGAGCUAUUUCACUUCUCAUGCUGGCGAGACACAUACAACCCAUUGCUAGAUUUGGGGUACACCCCGCACACUGGCAAUAUGUCUUUGAAACCCAAGACCUAUUGGCGGUACUUGGGCUUCUACUUUGACAGCGGGCUCACCUUUCAUGAGCACAUCUGCUACUAUGCCACCAAGGCAUUCACCACCAUGCAAGCCAUGCGCAUGCUUGGGAACUCUACCAGAGGCCUGUCACCUAGACAGUGGCACCUCCUUUAUAGAUCGUGCAUGGUCCCUAUUGCCAUAUACAGUUAUUGUCUCUGGUAUUUUGAUGGCGCCCAUAACAAGGGCGCCUUGAACCAGCUCAAAUGGAUGCAGCGCAAAGCUGCUCUAUGGAUUACAGGUGCAUUCCGCACCUCACCCACAGGCGGUCUUGAGGCCUUAGCAGGUCUCAUCCCUGUUCAUCUCAUGCUGAAGAAGUUGGCGAUGUGUGCAGUGUAUCGCGUCGCUACUCUCUCAGACACUCAUCCUCUCCACUCCAUGAUGGGCAAGAGGCUUCUCAAGCAGGCUGAGCCUCAUGCCCACUCCACUGCCUUGAUGACCCCUGCUAUGUGGGGGAAAGUCAAGAGCACUGUCAUGGAGGUGGACGAACAAGUCCACACCUUAACUGAGAGCUUCGAGCCCUUUGCACCUGAAGCUCACCCCAGCGAUCGGUUACUGGACUGCUAUGUGGACCGUCUCCACUUUGACGAGCGUGACCCUACCCAGGAUAGAUGCCCAUACCUCGACGAGCUCAUCACGACUGCAAGAGCCGACCCUCUAACAGUGCUGGCUGUGGCUGAUGGAUCUGUCCCUCAGUCUAACCAGUAUCAGGCGACUUCGGCCGCUAUCAUUUUAAAGGGACAUUGUGAGCUCGAAAGGACUCGCUACAUCUCUGGCAGAGUUACUGCCCCAGAUGCGGAACUCAAUGCCAUCAUGUGCACGGUGCGCCUUGCUGUCAAGCAGGCAAACUGCCAACAUAUCUUGGUAUUUACUGACUCUAUGGGCUCAGCCCAUAAAGCGGUAGACCCAUCCGUGCAUUCGCGUCAGGCUUUUAGUCUGUCAGUUUGUCGCACUCUCCAAGAGUGGUUCGAGGCAGAUGAUCUCCACUGCAUCACCUUUGUUUACAUUCCAUCUGCCCUUUGGUGGGACAUCCAUGGUGAGGCACAUAAGUAUGUCACUGAGCUUAAAGUCUUGGACAUUGCAAGAUGGACAAUUCUAUAG